UUUGAUGUGCAUGUCAAAAUUAGUAAGCGAAACGCAGUUGCGCAGAAAAUUUUGAUGGCAUAUAGUAGCUGUAUUUAGCAAGAUCCUAUCGUUUCGAACGACGCGUCUUGUAAGCAGAGAUACUUAUUUCGGUAUAGGAGGCAGUGGGAAAAAUCGCUACAGUUAAUGACUGGCAAGCGGUGUGUUGUGAUAUUUGUUUAUAAUAUUUGUAUGUAAAUUAUACAGACGUGUUUCAUUUUAUGAAAACAUUUCACCAAUACUCUUACAUUCCAAUAGCAACUGCUGCUACUUCUCUGUUCGUAGACUGAAAGAACGAUGAUGUAUUUGCCUCCAGCGACAGAAAAUGGGCAGUAUGAGUGUAGGCUGAUUCCAGAACGUUGAGGAGGAAGUAUUAUGAAUAGUGUGAAUACAUGCAAUAGCGCAAAAUGAAAUAACUUUGUUAUUUGCUCAGGAGUCUUCAGCACCUCGGUACUCUGUUUAGCCCGUGUGUGUACCUUUCCGUUUAAAAGGUGACUGGCUGGAUCAAUGAAAGAAGGAAUUGCGUAGGUGAAAGACUAUUUUUUGAUGCUCCCAGUGGAAAGUAGAGAUGUACAUCAAACUAAAAAAGAAGUUCAGUUUAGUGUUACUUGUGUAAUGUAGAGACUGCGCAAGCUGUAAGAGCGAUUACAGUUGUGAGGUAAGCUUUUAGGAUUAAUUGUUUACAGUGUCUUCACCGUUAUAAAGUUGAUGAUGGUACUACACUUUAGUGGUAGUAAAUGAUCAGGUACAGCCUAUAGCAAAUCACACAGUCUGAAAAUUGUGAUUGUGUAGUUAGCGUAAUAUUUUAGGGCCUAUAAAAAUUGUUAUGGGCUGGACAAGUGACGAAGAAGGUGAAACUUCAGCCCAUGCAUCGGAAUCAGACAGCCUUGAAGAUUUGCGACCACUAAAAAAGGCGAGAUAUGUGUGGCAGAUUAAAGGAAAAUAUCACCUAAAAAAGUCAGAGGACGAACGUUCAGUUAUACGAGGAGGCCCUGUACGUUGCACAUGCAGUGAGUUUCCAAGUACAAGUAAAGAUGCGCAUGUGAUUGAUCAGCCUCCAGAUAGGAAGCCAACAGUAUCUGUAAAUCCAUUCUUUGGCAUUUACCCAGUGGAGAUGCCACAACCUCACACACAAAAUGUAUGGCAGCUACACAGAUGGCAAGCAAGGCAAGUGGCACGCUGUUUUGUGGACAACACUAUAAAUCGUGUUCUUGAAGACAUGGGCUUGGUACCACUGCCUCCUGGAAAUGUUCCUCCUCCACCGCUUCUCGAGGAUGGCACAGAGCCAAGUUCAGUCGACAGCAGAGGAGGUGGACAUACUGAGCUAGAAGAUGAAGCUGUACUGAUGGCAAUACACAGUCAUGGUCUGCAGCGGCCUUCCACAUUGACUCAGCAGCAGCGUCACCGGCAGACAGUUCCUGUGUGUUCAGCCCCCACAGAGCCUGUGGUAGCUGAACAUGGUGAUUUCCUGGAUGCAGCAGUGGCUGUUGCCAUUGAAAAGAAAGGGCUUGGUACUUUAGCAGCUGCCACUGCUGCAGCUACUGCCGGUGCUGAAACUGGAUGAUACAACUGAUAUGUGUUAAGCACCAUACUCUUCCCUCUGCAGUUGCUUUUCAGCAGUUUGAAUGACAGAGUUAUAGAGAUAUUAAAUGAUGGUCAAAGAAUUUGUGGAGCCUCUCAAAUAGUUUAGCUUUCUUUGUUACAGAGAAAUUGAUGACCUGCAGUGAAAUUAAAUGUAAAAAAAAAAAAGAUCUAAAUUACUAACUGCUUACAUAAUUUCAGUGCUCUUUUAAUAUGAAACGUUAAUGUAGCUACUUAUAAGGAUGUAUACUUGAACAUACACAUGAAUGAGAAUGCUUGGAUGAUAGGUAAAAUUUUCAUUUAUAUUUUGAUAAUACCAAUUGGGAAGGUAGACAAUGAAGAAACAUUGCAAGACCAGUAAUUUUCAUUUAUAUUUUGAUAAUACCAAUUGGGAAGGUAGACAAUGAAGAAACAUUGCAAAACCAGUAUUUAUUGUUCAGAGCAACCCACUUCACAUUAUACAUCACAGUUCAGUAAUGGCAGGUAUAGAUAUUAACUUCCUUAGAUGAUAUGCUUGUAUACGGGGCACUAAUACUGUUCCAAUAUUGGAACGCACUGGGACAGUUUCAUCUGAUGAUCUCUCACUUAAUUGUGUUGAGAAAUAUUUAUAGCAUGUAGUUGUGACAUACUGUUCCUUUGGCUAUCUAUAUUUGUAAUUCUUUAUUACAGCUACAAAUGAAGUUUCUUCUAAGGGCUUCUUUCAUAUAUGGACAGCUUCCCUAGGAGCUUCAGAUAUGCAUUUGGAAAAAUGUUUUUCUGAUAAUAUAGUGUGUGACAUUAUACUUUACAGUCAGUUGCAGGCAUCAUAGCAAAUUACUAAAAGAUGCUACCGGGUAUGUGUUAUGGGAAUUGCAGCAGUGAAAAGGCAUGUCAUUGCUUUCUUUGCAGUACCAGCAGACAGAAUGAUUUUUCUGUUUCAUCUUGUUCAUUGUGACUGCUUUCUGUAAAUUUCUGAAACACUUGUGUAUACGACUAAGUGAAUAAACAGAUCUUUGCAUA